AUCAUGAAAGUGAAUUAUCAUGAAAUUUUUAUUUUAUAGUGAACAACUCCUUUAAAUUAAAAAUCACAAUCCAAUAAAUGUUUUCAUUGCAAAAUUAUAGCACAAUAUAUCCUUUUUUAAUAAUGGUAGACAAAAGCUUCUCCUGCUGCCGGUACAGGUGCUUAUUCAGUGAACAGUCCAACGCAUCGUAUUUGAGAUAAGAACAAACAAAUUUUCUUGUUGUAUGUUCACUUGGAGGACAGUUUGCAACCGACACAGCAUUCACAACGUUGUGACAGAAGGACUAGCAUGUUUGAUUUUCCACAGCCCGCCGUUUAAGACAGGUCAUGUCGCUCGUCCACAACAAGACGGAGUGACUAUUGUAAUAGACAAACAAAUCGUGUAAUCUUAAGUGGGCAUAAGAAGCUUUAACAUGCAUUUUUUAUCAUUCUAGGCAAAGUGACUUUGAAAAUGUUGAACAGUUAUGAUUCGUUUUACUUUUUUGAGUUACAUCAUAAUUUCCAUAGUAACAUUUGUGUUAUCCCAUAGUUUAAUUGACAUAGUUUAAAAAGUAUUAAAAUAUUAUUAGUAACGAAUGAGAGACCAUACAGUUAUGAACGUUGGAGUAAAAACUGUCUGACGUAGGUGUGACAUAGACACGGUCACAUAUUCUGUAGCUUGGCACUCUGUUAAAUAGAGCACAUCUGCAUUCCAACUAUCACACAUUAGAUUGUAUAUCCACAUUUGCAUCUUGUUCAAACGCAUGUGAGAUAAAAGCUGUGCUUCAGGUUUUAUCCUUUUUUUUCCAUUUGCUGUUUUCUGAAGAACUGUGAAUGUGCUACAUUUAGGAGACCUGCUCUGGAGAAACAUUUCAGGACAUCAGACUGUGCUCACCAUCUUAUCAGUCCUCUCAGAAGGGAGUGCUUUUCAACUGUCCAACUGUUCAAAGCUUUACAAUGGAAAACCUGACGUACAACAGCGCCAUUUUGCGACUAGAAGGACUGAAGGUGUCUGAGAAGUUUGCGUACCCUGUUUUUGUAUCGUUACUUAUUUUCUAUGUGAUACUUAUUGUGAUGAACUGUGGAAUAAUCAUGGUAAUAGCAGGACGGAGAAAUCUUCACGAACCCAUGUAUCUGCUCUUCUGUAACUUGACGUUUAAUGACAUUUUUGGUAAUACUAUCACGGUCCCAAGACUCUUGUUGGACAUUUUAAGAGAGCCGUCUCAACACACCAUCAGUUAUCCAGAGUGUGGCAUUCAAGCGUUCUGUGUACAAAUGUUUGGCGCGACCUCCCAUACCAUAUUGAUGACGAUGGCUUUUGACAGAUACGUGGCCAUAUGCAAUCCACUCCGCUACACGACUAUAAUGAGCAAUAAAAUGGUGAUCACGCUAUCAGCUUCGGCCUGGGGGGUGCCGCUUUUUUUUGUUUUUAUUUUGUUGGGACUCACUUACAGGCUCAACCGCUGCAGAACUUUCAUAGCAAAUCCUUACUGUGAUAAUGCGUCUUUGUUCAAGUUAUCUUGCGAUGAUGUGACAAUCAAUAAUGUGUAUGGGUUAACAUAUACAGUACUGCUGUUAGUCUCCUCCUUAGGAAGCAUCACAAUCACAUACAUUAAGAUAACUGUCGUCUGCUUGACAUCCCAAAGCAAAGCUCUGAACAGCCGGGCACUGAAAACCUGCAGCACUCACUUGAUUGUGUAUUUGAUAAUGUUAUUAUCUGGCACCACUGUUAUACUCCUACAUCGCUUUCCUGCUUAUUCAGAUUACAGGAAACUGGUUUCUCUAUUGUUUCAUAUUGUUCCAAGCAUCUCAAACCCUGUCAUAUAUGGUCUGCAGUGCACCGAGCUCAGACAUGCUCUCACACAGGUACUGUGCUUAAAGAAAACAGGGCAGGGAAAGAUAUUCUCACAUUGAAUUCGGUAAAGAAAAGCUUGCUUAAAAAAGGUCAUGAAAUUUAGAAAAUGUAAAAUUUGCUCUUUUACUGUCAUCUGAUAAAAGCAACACAAUACUGGUGUUGAUCUGCUAAGGUGUCAGGUGCGUUUCUGGUCAGUUGUAUGUUAAUACUUUAACUGACCUGUUCUGUGAAUGUGAACUGUAUGCAAUAUAAGUUAUAUCCAAACAAUAAACUUGAUAGAAAUAGUAGUCUUAGAUGUUUUCAUGCAUUCAUCAAAAGGUAACACUUUACAAUAAGGUUGUAUUUGUUAACAUUAGUAAAUGGAUUAGUUACUUACUACAGUAACAAUGAACUUCUAUAGUCCAUGUUAAUUGCAGCAUUUACACAAGCAUUUUAAAUCAAAAGUUGCAUAACAUUAAGUUCACUAUACUGUGAUAUUGUUUUAGCCAAGGGCGUCGAUUUGAUCCAGGGAACACUAAUUUGUCCCUACCAAUAAUUUAGACCAAACAAUUAAUCUACAUUUAUAUAUAACCACUAGGGGUGUAACGGUUCUAAUUACUUACGGUUUGGUUUUUGUCACGGUUUUAGGGUCACGGUUUCAGGUCGGUUCAGUUUGUGAUAUAUUCAGGUACUGACAAAUAAAAAUAAGAACAAAUAAUCAAGCUACAAGUAACAGUUGAUUUUCCACUGAUGUCCAUCUGUGUCUUGUGUUUUUACCUAUUACUUAUGGUUAGAUUUAAUUUCUGCAUAAAUGAAUACAAGCCCACAAAAAAUGAAAUGUGAAGUUUUAAAGCUCACUGAAUACAUUGCUGGCUAUAUACAGUAUGUGGAGGAAGGGAUUCCUUCUGGCUAUAUGUGGAGGAGGGGAUUCCUUCUAAGCUAAACAUUCUUUGUUUGACAAGCUAUACCUUAUUUGGUCAUUCUGUGAACCCCUGGACAUAUGAAACCUUCCAGAUGUCUUCUGGUACCGUAUAUAAAGACUUCUAAAGAGUUUCUCAAAUAAAUGAGUUCAAAAGCUUGAUGCCUCUCUCUGUCUUGUUUUUUGUGCUCCCAGAUCUGCAUAAGAAUUCUCUCACAACAUCCAACCUAUUUCUGAUUUGAUUUUAAUGGUGAUCCAAAACACAGAAAGAAACUUAGUGUUCGAAAGGAACCUGAAGUUCAACAAUUGGGGGCUUCGUCCUGUUUACUCAUCGGUAAUCCGGGGACAACUUGAUAACUCUGUGUUUUGAAGACCACGCUAGACUGAAAGACGUACUACGGGUUCCAGCAGUAUCACACAGGUAAGAGUUUUUUUUAUAUAACCUUCCUGUGAUAUACUGUUGUUGGCAGUUUCCGCAUGUUUGCGAUGGGUUUCUGCAUUUGCGUGUGACACUCCAUGACGUUAACCAAGGCCAAGUUACGUCCUUGUAGUCGAGAGGCACACAAUGUGCGUAUUUAAAGAUAUUGACUUUAUUACAUAAUUGUAAUAAGUAACGAAAAUAAAGAGUUGGAUUUUGUGGGGGAAGUUUUCGUCUCUUACUUUCCUUUUCUAACAUUUGCUUUGUUCAUUCGUUGAGGAUGGGACAAGAAAUAUUCAGAUCACUAUCAGCUGAAACGCCGGUAGAUUUUAUGUUCAGAAAUAAUAAGGGUUAUUGUACACAACCAUUUGUUGAUAAUUUGGCUGGAUGGUCUGAAAGCGCCGGACCGCAAAUUGACGAAUAUCCCAGACUCAGUUCAUUUAAGAAAGUUGAUAUGCAGUUAAUGAAAUCCAUGGUUAAGUGUCGUGAGACGUGGUGAGACACAAGGACAGAGGACCCAGGUGCAGAUAGCGGGUAAGGGGUUAACAAGACGUUUAAUAAAUAAUAAAGACAAAACCAAAAAACCCACGAGGGGGUAACAUAACAAAACAAUGGAAUAUAAUAACAUGACAAAACAGGACUAAGACUAACUAAACUUACACAAGAACUACAGUUAACACUUGACAUAAUUUACAAAAUGACUACACUAGACUAAACUUGACAAGACACAGGGACUUACACCACACAAAUCAAAAUGAACCAGCACAGGACAGAAAACACCAGGGCAUUAUAAAGGGGAUAAAUCAAGAGGGGAACAGGUGAAGGGCAUGAAACAAUAAACGAGCAAUAAUGAGGAGACGAGAGGGCGGGAACAGAGACGAGACCAGAGAGGGUGUAUGGAAGGCCAUAAGGGCCAAAAUUACCCCUCUCCACAUGAAACAUGGGGUUCUGUCAUGAUCCUGCCACUAGACCACGAAAAACAUGACAUGAUGCGGCAGAAUCAUGACAGUUAAGGGUGGAUGGGGUGAUCCCCAAUGGGAUUAUAAAUAUAUGUGCGAAUCGUAUGAAAUUUGGCAAAAAAUGAAAAUAAUAUGGAAUCAAGGUCCCGAGCGUGUUAAUAAAGAGAACAAAAUAUCAAUCGACGCGCCGUCGACUGUAAAAACACCGCCACCUUAUGAUACAGCCGUGAUUUCUGUCCAAACUCAUGCUCAGACCAGUUCAAAUUUGUAUCCCUUUUUGCUUUCAUUUUCCUCUAGUCCACAACCCCCUCCCGAGUUAAUCAAAGAAACUUUACACGCUGCAGCCCAGCUGUCAAUGGCGUGGGUCCAAGAGGGUCCUAUAAUUAUUCUUAAACCAGCAACAAUGACAGACAUUGAUACUAUAUGUAAAACUCUCCUGAACCCAAAUAAUUCUAACAAAUUUGAAGAUGUUUUGCGCUCACACACAUAUGCACGAUUAAGCGGAUUGGAUAAUAGGUCGAUCUUAUUACGAGUUUUGUCUGAUGACAAAUCCCUGCUUUAAGUCUUGAUAAUGAUGAGUUGGAUGGCUCUGGUAUACAGCAAGACCCUCAUGAAUUUUGGUGGGCUGAUCCCGAUAAUGUCACUACAUUUUUCGAGCAGGUUAAGCGUUUUCUAGAUGCCCGUGCUCAUGUCUGCAGAGAUCUGACCCAUGUCACAAAUACCAAGCAAAAUAAGGGCGAAUCCGCUUCUACUUUUUUUUCUCGUUUUAAACGUGUGGGAAGAAGACGUUCAUAUUCCAGUAGGCGGUGAAAUGUCUUCACUGUUUAUAAAUACGUGCUUAAAUAAAGCAUUCGUAAGAUAGAUGCAUCUAGUGGUUUCACUUCUUUUCUGUUUAAGCCGAAACAGGAAGUUAUGCUGGCAGCUUCUCAGCAGAAAAUGGCUGCAGUGUCGGUGCUUACCAGAGGGAACCAAAGGGGCGGACCUCAGUAUAAUCGGGGCCUGCAUCGGGGAGGUCUUAAAAGGUCCGGGGUGUGUCGUUAUUGUGGUAAACCAGGCCACUUGGAGAGAGAGUGUAGACUGACAGGAACAUUACAUCGGACGUCUGGCUCGAGCACCACAGAUAAACCAAACUCAAGCACCAUUAUAUGGCAGUGGCUCUGCUGAUCAAUAUCAGGUGUCUUGGGUGAACAGGAGGUGUGAACAAAAUAAUCCAAAACAUGCUUAGGGGUGCCCACAGAGCGAUGUCAGUCCAGAUGCACAAUCAAUGAUUUAUUUUUCUUUUAGCAAUUGCACGGAUGAACUACCCAUUGUAAAUUUAGAAAUAAAUGGGGUAGAUUACUCAUUUUUAAU